AUGUAUCCCGCAGCAUACAAGAUAUACUGUGAAUACUGCAAGAAAUAUCAGUCCAAGCCCGAGUACAAGGAUAUCCCCUCCGAGUCUACUACGUCCAGACAGGUAAAACUACCCGAGGGCACCGCACUCCUCAUCCCUCCGCAAGACAAAGAUACCAAGAAGGGAUCUAAGGGACCUAAGGGACAUUGGAUCAUAUGCCUCUUCACUUCGCAAGGAUAUGGAAAGAAAGUUAGCCCUCCAGACGUCAUCCUUCAGAACACCAGACUUGCUGUCGCGGAUAUGAAGAAGCAGGUCGAUGAACUGGGGGCGGACAUCGGUGAGCUUUGGUCUUGUCGGUUUAACUCGGGGCUAUUCAAGGUUGAAUGGGAGCUUUCGCGCAAGAUUCUGGAGGAGUUUGACCUGAGAGUUACCGUUGCUCGUCCGGAGGGCGAGUCAGAGUGA